GUCUUGUGUAAUCUCGCGUAAAUGUUCGCUUGCAUCGUUUAACUCGUUUAAUCUCUGAACAGCUCGUGGACAUUCGUGAAUACCUGCCCGUCUUCCAUCGUUUCCCAAUACCCAUUGCUCUACAAUUACUUGAUAAAAUGCGUCAAAAUCGUUCAAUUAAGAGAAAGAGAGCUCAAAAGAGUCAGAAAUUCCCUAAAGAACAAAAAUUUACCGCAGAAAAUGCGAAAAAAAGGGUCGAGUCUAUAAAAAAGAUCAUAACUCAAUCAUUGAAAAAGGCACUUGGAUUCGAGGAACAGAAACUUAUUAGAAGAAUUAAGAAUGCCAAGGAGAAUGAAAAGGAAGAGGAUAAAAUACCACGUUUGGAGGAAGAACUAAAAGCUGCAAAGGCUUUAAAGCCCAGUGAUCUAUGCGAUUAUUGCUAUUUUUCAAAAGUUUUAAAGAAUCCUCGUAUCAGAGAGUUUCUCUAUGAGACUCUGUAUGCUGAAUCUCCAUUAAAAUCUGCUUCAGAACCUGCCAGGAAUGUAAUUUCUCGCGUUUACAAGACGAAAGCUGUUGUUGAUGCAGUUCAGUCUAUUAUCAUCCAGACGGAGCGUCUAAUGGCCACUGUUGGGGGUUUACGAGCCCAUGAUCCCGCUGACAACGCGAACGACUUGUUGAAGAAAACUCACAAUGAGUCUCAAGCUGUUAAAGCAGAAGACAAAGUCAAGGGUGUGACUGAAAAUCCCACGUCUGAUGACAAUUCAAAGCUGAAUGAAUCCCAACCUGUUGAAGGAAAAGGUGAUCUAAACGAACAGAUCUCCGUGGAAACAAAUGCUGAUCAAGCUAUGGUUGAUGAUACCGAAGCAACUUCGAGUAUGCAAUCUCAGAACGAUAGUGAAGAGGAAAUUGAAGAAGAUCCAAUGUUUGAUAUUCCGAGAAGACAGAAAAAGGAAAAUGCAUCUACUCUACCUGAAUUGAUGACCGGUUUUAUUGAUCCGGGCGAAGAGUCCGUUGAAUCAGACAUUGAGGCAGAAGCAGGAGAGCUUUUAAAGCCACAACGCAAAAAUAGACGUGGUCAAAGAGCACGUAGAGCUAUUUGGGAAAAGAAAUACGGAAAAAAGGCAAAUCAUGUUAUUAAAAAGAAUGAAGAAUUUCAAAAGAAGCGUGAGGAACGUCAAAGGAAAUUUGAGGAAAGAAAAGCGCGCUAUGAAGCACGUAUGGCUCGUCGGGGACCGGAAGAGAAGGCGAAGCCUGCUGCCGACGACAAGCCUUUGCAUCCUUCCUGGGAAGCUAAGAAAAAGUUACGGCAAAUUCCUAGUGUGCCAUUCCAAGGAAAGAAAAUUGUUUUUGAUUAGGGGAUUUGUUACAUUUGUAUUUAUAAACCAUCGGUUGGAGUGGUAUCCCAUAAAAGUCAUUCAUUGUGUCUGGUUCUCUCGGACAACUUUUUGGAAGAUCGUGUUAAGUUUGCAACAAUAUGUUUUCCAAUCAUUCGUAUUGAGAGAUGCUUGGAAAUUAUUGCUGAAUUCGUCACACAGCUGUUUUAAAACUUUUGUUCGUGACUCUUUUAACAUUUUACCUCUUUGUUCAUUUUGUUCCUGAGUGAAAGUGAUUUCUUUUAGUUGUUGUUCAACAUUAUUUAGUCUUUCUUUGGUUGUUAGUAGCUCCUUCAUCAAUUCUGCUCUUUUUAAGAGAUGUUGUUCGAAGAAAAGAUUAACGGCACUGAGUUGACGGCUAUUUUGCUCAAUCAUACUAUGAUAUGCUUCUUGCGUGUUACGCAGUUCUGCUUGAAUGUUGCUCAAAGUCAUCGACUAACAAACAGUUAGACUCGACUUUGUUGACCAAGGAACGUACCUGAUUGCUGAAAGCCGACUUUAACUGGUUAAAUUCAAUUUGGGAACGUUCAAGAUAUUGAACAUAGCACUGGCAAGUUAGUAGAUGUCCCCUUUAUUGAAGUCUUACAUCUUUAACCGACUUCAUUCCUUCCACUGCGGCCGUAAGUUGAAAGUUUGCCUUUUCCUCGGUGUAAUGGCUCUGUUUCAGCUGUUCUUUGAGUUCCUGUAUUUCCUUGUUUUUUUGGUCUACAUUCUCAACAAGAUAGUCUAUUUCGUCAACUAAUUGACGAGUAACAUUUUUGCAAGCGCUUCUUGUUUUCGGUGUCAUAUUCUGGCUUGUGUUAGCAUGCACUUCCUACGGUUCAACAAAUGAAGUCCUACUUUAUCGUCAGAGAACAGCUCUAGUAUUUUCAUUCUUCUUUCAUCUCGUUUUUCUUUCGUGAAAAGGUCUUCUUUGGAGCAUAUAAUCGGUAUUCCAGACACCGUUGUAUGAUUGUUUACAAGGGUUGGAGCAUUUUCUGUGUUGUUCUUGUCUUUGGACCACGGAUGACUGUUGCUUACGAAUGUACUAGGACUGCUGUUGUCGUCCCUUAACGGUUGUCUCUUGUCAACUCGGGGGAACAACAGUUCUACUUCCGUUUGCAUUGUCGUUUCGUCCGAACGUGUUGGUAUAAACUCUUGCUCUAGUGGGCCAUGUUGUGUAAAAAGUCCUCCUGUAAGCAUAUCCGUUAUGGGAUCGUCUAAUCUAUGAAAUCCUGCCGGACCACGACCAAUGUGUCCGCCCAACAUGCUCUUCUCGAAUUCUUUUCGAGCUUCUUCUGGAGAAAGACGUCGUUUGUUUUUUCUGCGAGUAUCGUUUGCGUUAGUACUCGGGGAUAAUGUUUUCUUGUUAAUGCACUUACCGCUGGAGUCUCCAAUCAUUCAACAGCAUGUUUUCAGUAUUAUCUCUUAUUUUUGGUCGGUUUUGGGUACGUUUCUCAAAAAGAGAAUCUCAUUUAUACUAUCUUUCAUAUAAAUAAACAAUCCAUUGUAAACAAUCCCACAUGCAAUUUCAAAACAAAAGGGGGUACGCUUACAGGAAGCGA